AUGGCCAUUCCACGCUUCCCCAAGAAGGCGCCCGCUGCUGUGACAAGCACUGACAAAGGGGGGGGAUUGCAAUCUUGGGGCAGCAUGCGACCGAAACCCUAUUCAAGCCAGUUGCUGGCCUUCUCAUUCUUUCUCUGCUUCACUGCUGGCUGCUUGCAUGUCGCCUCGGACAAUCUUGUUUUUUUUUCUUCGGACAUUUCCACUUCCGAUACUAAUGUUCCGACUCAUGUAUCAACGCCGCGCAGUAGUAGUAGUCCUUGAUAUGGCAUCGCAAUCCGAAAUCGAGUUUGAAGGCAAGCCAUCGCACGUGGCUAGUUCGCUGUCUUGCAGUUGCAUCCUGUGCCUGCGCCCAAUCUGUAGUUACGUGCACAUAAUGUCGUGCUGUACAUCACCCACGUACAUACGUACU